AUCUCAAACACUUUCCAUACCACACUUUUGGAUAGUCUUUCCUUUCACCCUCUCUCUAUAUAUAUAGCCCCCAUUCCCAAAAAUGAGCUCACUUCCUCAUUCACAUAAAGAGUGAGAAGACUAAUGCAAAAGUGAAACAAAAAAAAAAAGAAAGAAAAACAAAAGAAAGAAAGAAAAGGAGGAGAAGAAGAAAGAAAUGGCAACAACACCAGGAAUUCUCACUGACUGGCCAUGGACGCCACUGGGGAGGUUCAAGUACGUGGUGUUGGCGCCAUGGGUGGUUCACAGCAUUUACUCCUACGUUACCAAAGAGGAAAGCCAGAGGGACCUUACAAAUUUGCUCAUCCUGCCAUUUCUAUUAUCAAGGGUGAUUCAUAACCAGAUCUGGAUCAGCUAUUCACGUUACAGGACUGCUAAUGGCAAGAACCGAAUUGUUGACAAAACCAUUGAAUUCGAUCAAGUUGAUAGAGAAAGCAAUUGGGAUGACCAAAUAAUACUGACCGGAAUCCUAUUCUACGUGUUCAACAUGUCACUGGAAAGAGCUACCCGGCUGCCGUGGUGGAGGACCGACGGCGUGAUCAUGACGGUAUUGCUCCACGUCGGACCGGUGGAAUUCCUCUACUAUUGGCUGCACAGAGCGUUGCACCACCAUUUCCUCUACUCCCGCUACCACUCCCACCACCACUCCUCCAUCGUCCCCGAGCCCAUCACAUCUGUGAUUCAUCCAUUUGCGGAGCACAUUUCUUAUUUCUUGCUGUUUGCAAUACCGACGGUAACGACGGUUUUGCUCGAAACGGCGUCGAUGACGGCGUUAGUUGGGUACAUCACUUUCAUUGACCUAAUGAACAACAUGGGUCACUGCAAUUUCGAGUUCAUUCCCAACAAACUCUUCUCCGUUUUCCCACCCCUCAAGUACCUCAUGUACACCCCUUCGUAUCAUUCUUUACAUCACACACAAUUUCGGACGAAUUACUCCUUGUUCAUGCCAAUUUAUGACUACAUUUACGGUACAAUGGACAAAUUUACCGAUUCAUUGUACGAAACUGCACUGAAAAGACAAGAAGAUGUAGCCGAUGUGGUACAUUUGACCCAUCUUACCACCCCGGAAUCAAUCUACCACAUUCGACUUGGAUUAGCUAAUGUUGCUUCCAAACCUCAAAAUAAUUCCACCUGGUACAUUUGGUUAAUGUGGCCAGUUAGCAUUUGGUCAAUGAUCGUCAACUCUGUUUAUGGGUCUACAUUUAUCAUGGAGAGGAAUGCUUUUGAGAAGCUCAAAUUGCAAACAUGGGCGAUUCCAAGGUACAAUCUGCAGUACUUCCUGAAGUGGCAAUCAGAAGCUAUUAAUGGCCUAAUUGAGAAGGCAAUCUUAGAUGCUGAGCAAAAAGGAACAAGGGUUUUGAGUCUUGGUCUUCUUAACCAGAGGACUGAACUUAAUCAAAAUGGGGAAUUAUUUGUGCAAAAAUAUCCCAAGCUGAAAGUGAGGUUGGUUGAUGGAAGUAGCUUGGCAGUUGCGAUUGUAGUCAAUAGUAUUCCUAAAGGAACAACAAGCGUCCUUCUCAAAGGCAAUCUCAACAAAGUUGCCAAUUCCAUUGCUUUGAUUUUGUGGCAAAGGGGCAUCCAGGUGAAUGUAGCAUCUGAAUAUGACUACGAGAAGCUUAGGUUGACUUCACCUUCCGAAUGCAACAACUUAGUAUUCUCCAAGAGUUCUGUUCACAAGGUAGGACUUUUAUUUUUUCCCCAUAAAAAGUUGAUGAAUAUGUGAAUGUGACAGUGGGAAUUAAUUUACAAAAAAACUCGAUGUGGUAGAUAUGGGUGGUUGGAGAUGGACUAAAAGAAGAAGAUCAAUUGAAGGCACUAAAAGGGACAGUUUUCAUUCCAUUUGGGAAAUUCCCUCCAAAGCAGGUCCGCCAUGAUUUCUCCUACAUGCACACUCCCGCAAUGCUGGCUCCCUCAUCCCUUCAAAACCUCGAUUCCUGCGAGGUAACUAUACAACUAAUUAGUAUGUAACUCCAUUAUAAUUUUCGCCAUUGAUUUUCUUAUUCUCCAGAGAAAAAUGACUGACUUUUGUUGCCUUUUGGUGCAAAUUAUAUUGAAAGAAUUGGUUGCCGCGAAGGGCGUUAAGCGCAGCUCGGGUUGCCGGGAUUGUGCACGCUGUUGAAGGAUGGAAUGUGGACGAAUGUGGCGAAAAGAUGUUCGAUGUUGACAGGGUCUGGGAAGCAAGCCUUAACCAUGGCUUUCGGCCUUUGGCCUACCCCAACUUCGCCUAGUUUUAGUACCUAAGUGUGUGUGUUUUUGUCUUGGGGACGAAUUAAUAAGCUAUGAAGAAGCCCCUUUCGGACCUUUUUAUGUCAGAAGAUUUUAGUGCCUCAUUCGAAACCUAUUUCAGAUUCUCAUGAUCGUGUAUGCUUCGAUGAAAGGCACAUAUGCUCCAUUCUCGAAAUCUAUAAGACUAUUAACCAAUUAUUGUUUGUCUACAGUAAUAAUUUAAGUAGUUUAUUGUUCGAUGUAUUCAUUGGGUGCUCUCUAUGUUAGAAUUGUAGUGAAUUUAUUGUGCAAUAGGGUAUUGCCAAAUAGAUUCAGCAGCUCAUGGCGUUACAAAAUCUCGUAAACGCAUGUUCUUUAAAGUCUAAUAUAAUACACAUUGCCAAAGAGAUUCGAACAUUUUUGUUCCCU